AUCCAUCCACAACCGCGAACCAUCUUCCCUCAUUUCACACCUCUCGGCCGCCUCUCCCCUCAGCCCCUCACAACUCUCUUCUCAGUGCUCAAUCUUCUCGGCCGCCGUCUUGCCGACUUUCUCCGGUGCUCUCUUGCCUCUCGGCCUCCCCUCAUUGCUCUGUGCUCUCUCCGUCUCUCACCUCUGGUCUCUCUCUCUUCACUGCUCUGUGCACAUAUUUCGGCCCUAUUUUCCUCCUCCUCUCCUGUCUCUUACACAUUUGGUUUGAAAUUGGUGGACCUAAUUUAGGCAAAUCCAUUUUGGCCCAAUACUGCCUAAUAUGAUGACUUUCGCUUCCCACCAUUGUUAACAACAGACGAACUCGUGCAGGUUUUAGGGUUUUUCUCUCUCUCCUCGCAAUCUUCUAUUCCAGGAACUAGAGAAACCGAGGAUUGAGGGAUGUACUCCUCUCUUUCUUCUAUUCGCCAUGCUCGUCGAUCUUCGCCUCUAAUCUCUUUCAUCGCUCGCGACCAUGGCGAUCUCACUGCUUUGAGGUCUUUCUCUGCUUUUCCGGCGACAUAUGGUCCUCAACAGAUUUCACAAGACGGUUCUAAAUCCUUGGCUAACAUUGUGAGGAGAAAUAUUUCACUCCAUGUUGGGGGACUUUCUGCAAGAAGCUUAGCAUUAAGUUCCGGUAUUAUGCUUUUCAAGGGGAACGCCACUGCUCCAUAUGCUUUGCGUUUCGUUUCAUCCAUAGGUUCUAAUGCUCAGAAUGAUUUUCUGAGCGGCUUAAGGAAUCCCAUGAAUUUUGUAAGGGAUAUUAUUGAGGUAGAGGAUAGGAACACCACAGGACAUCCUGGUUAUACCACUGGGAAAAGUGCUGAUUUUGUCCACAUAAAGCUGAUGCGUAACAAUAGUUUUGUUACUGUGACGGAUUCAAAGGGGAACAAAAAGUUUGGGGCUUCAUUGGGAUCAGUGCCGGGAUUGAAAGGAUCAAAAACGACUCGAUAUUCUGGUGAAGCUGUUGCAGAACAUGUUGGAAGAAUGUCUAGAAAUCUGGGGUUAAAAUCAGUAGUGGUGAAGGUUAAAGGGUUUACCUUCUUUAAAAAGAAGAAGCAGGCAAUCUUGAGCUGGAGAGAGGGCUAUACCAAUUCUCGGACGGAUCAGAAUCCAAUUGUAUACAUUGAAGACACAACCCGAAAACCCCAUAAUGGCUGCAGACUCCCGAAAAGAUGCUCUUCUUAGUAGAGCUGGAUGGUAACUCACAUGUGUUCCUGUAGAGUACAAGCUUUGUGGUGAAAUAAAUUUGUGCUAAAGGGCUACUUUGAUUGAUUUACAUUGUAAGGUUACAUUUAGUGCUAGUCAUUUUGACGGAUACCUCAGAGGCUGUUUGGACUCGCUUGAUUUUUAAUUAAUUCAUGCAGUGGAUGGGAAAAUGUUUUAUUUCAAUGUUCUCUGGUGUUUUCUAGCUGGAGCUUGUUUGUGAAAUCCUGGCGGUUUAUAAUUUGUGCCUUCUGGAAUUGGAUUGUAAUAUUUAUAGCUUUUAUGGCUUUAAUUGGGAUCCAUUUUUCAUUUGGUUCA